AUGGAAUUGUUGGAAAGUGGCGCCAUCUGCGCUAGUGCGGUCGUCCCGCUCUCGAGGCGAGGGCGUGUCCCAAGGGCGCCUCCCACAGUCCGCGGGGACGGACGGGGACGCAGCGCAACUCGUGCACUCGGCGGCGCGCUCCCGCGACGCUUGUUAGUGUUCCGCAAAUUCACAACGGGAUCGCCCGUACAACCGGGACUCUAUCCCUUAGCGAUAACCGCUGCGUUAAACGCGGCGGCGGGCGGGUACACUGGCUCGCCGUGGCCGCCGCUGGAACUAGAUCCCGUGGGAUGGGGACGAAAACUGUACCCUUCAGGCGCGCCGAGGUCCUCCGGUGGACUUAUGUUCGGCCUACAUCACCAAGAGGCUGCGGGGGUACAUACACAGCCUCGAGGACCUGUCACAUCGCUCAAAGAAGAGCCGCUCACGCGAGCGUGGAUGACACCCAGCUCCUUAGUUGACAAUACCAAUAGCGUGGGUGUUGGUCGAGCGCACUUCGAGAAGCAGCCUCCUAGCAACCUGCGUAAGAGCAACUUCUUCCAUUUCGUGGUCGCGUUGUAUGAUCGGGCGGGACAACCAAUCGAGAUUGAGCGCACUGCUUUCAUAGGCUUUAUAGAAAAGGAUCAAGAAGCCGAAGGACAAAAAACAAACAACGGGAUUCAAUAUAGGCUUCAAUUGCUUUAUGCAAAUGGCAUCAGACAGGAACAGGAUAUAUUCGUUCGGCUCAUAGACUCCGUUACCAAACAGCCCAUCGUCUAUGAAGGACAGGACAAGAAUCCAGAAAUGUGCAGGGUUUUGCUGACACACGAAGUUAUGUGCAGUCGUUGCUGUGAUAAGAAGAGUUGUGGAAAUAGAAAUGAAACACCAUCAGAUCCUGUAAUAAUAGACCGGUAA